ACCAUUUGUAUUUUUAGUCAAUAUUUCAUUAAAAACGAUCCGAUAGCUAUAAAUUGACAAAAAUGGUGAAAGUUGACGUAGAAUAUUGCGGCAAAUGUAACUUCGAGUGGCAGUGCAAAAUGUUGAAAAGUUUUUUGAAUGAGCAAAAACCCGAUGCUGAAAUUGUAUGUCACAAGGGCCGACAAGGUUCGUUUGAGGUAAAAAUAGAUGAUACUUUGGUGCAUUCAAAGUUACAAACGCUAGCUUUUCCGCAGCAUCAAAGUGUUCUGGAGAAUGUUGAAAGAGCGGAAAAAGGAUUACCGCUAUUAAAAAUUAAAGAACAGCCUAUAGAAAAUUGCACAAUUGUAUAACAAACUGCAAAGCAAAAAAAGCCA